CCUGCCACACUUGACACAAAGGAGGCGGGGGACGGGUAUUGCUGGAUUUCGUGUUCCCGUGCUGGGGCGACCUCUCCCUCGAACGACUGGCUCGUUGCCGUGAGAGGUGCUUGGAUCGUCGGUUCGCUUCGGGAAGAACAGCAAGAGGCAGAGGAACCCAGGAACCGAAGGACGAGGAGAGCGGUUCGGGACGGUUUGUAGGAAACAAGGGAAGCACCCCUGGGUUGUUUGGAAAAGGGCGCACCGACAGAACCGCCCGGACAGCCCCUCCGGCCGAGCAGGAGGAUGCUUCCAGAUGACUCCUUCUUUUUGGGCAGGUCACUGGCGACGGAGUGUACUACUGUCGUCAUCUCCAGCGCGGGUGAUGAGUCGAGGUCGAUGCCCGUGGAUCUCAGCGGGAUGUAUUACGACGUGGGCAUGACGUUGGAGAACAGGCCGGUGUUCUUCAGUACUAACGACACCGCCACCAGCGAGAGCGUCAUGUACUGGACGGGCGGCGUAUCGAUCGCCGUUGAAGGAGAACCGGACUUCAGCAGGCAGCGCCACCUAACGAACUACGCACAACCAAGGGGUGACGGCGUCGUCAACGACGGCGACACUCUUGCCCUAUCGGGGCGAGGGCACAGAGGAAGCGUGGUCGCACGGGAAGAAGGUCGCGCUCUCGCUGCGUGCGAUAGCGGCGGCUGGAUUUUGCGGGAAAGCGAUGGAGGUUACCCCGCCUACAUGGUCUUCGACUGCGCGUACCACCCGGUUGACAUCUCCAGCGGGGUGUGGUACAGGAUCCCAUCCAGAGGAGACUCGGCGGAGACGAUGGAUGCUUCCUUCGCCGUGGUGUGUUUGGAUCCAGAGGGCAACGGCGGACCAAGCCCGGCGUCGAGCGACAUGACCAACUCGCCUGCGGUCGAGAUUGUGGGCUUCCCGACGGUCUCUCCGGGGGCCACGGUAGAGGUGGAAGACGUGUUCGAUCGAGGGUCUUCAUCCAGCCCCGGUGUCGAUGACCCUCUCGGAUGGCUCGCGUCAACGGUUGGAGCGUCAUCAUCCAGUCGAGGAAGCCUCACGUCAAGCGAAGGAAGCGUUUUGGGUCAAGAUAACGUGGAAGGCGACGAUUCCGGCGUUUUAGCGGGGCUGCUCAUUUCGGGCGGAAUAUUCGUGGCGGUCGUAGCAGGCGCGGCCAUCAUCUUGAACAUCGUCCGUCGUCGGAAGCAGGCGCAGAGCCCGUCUCGUCGCGUCGCCACGCCCUCGACCAAAGCCACCAACGUUGUUUCAAAUGCCAGCGCCGGCGGUGGCGAAGAGAAGGCGGCCCAUGUGCAGGGUACAGUGGAGGACGCGGUGGCUAUCGAUAUCGAUACCACCGCCGAUGAAAAGACGGAGGAUGUGCUUGACCGCCCGGAAGGCGGCCACGGCCUCGACGUAGACCCUAAACGGUGGUUGCCGGAACAACCACAGGACGACGGACAACCGCCCUCUGUCGUCGCCCACAAGAAAACGGAGGAGUAAAUAGUAGAGGUGGUGAUUGCGGAAACAACCAAACAGCAUGACGAACGACGGCCUGAUGUCAUCGCCAACAAGAGUAGCGACGGUGGUUGCCGAAACAACAACAGGAUGAACAACCCCGACGUCGUCGCCGAGAAGAAAACGGAGGCGGGAUAGGGGCGGCAACGGCUGGGUGGCAUAGAGAUCAAUCACCGGUGGCAUUGCCGGGCGCCGCGGGGGCAGCUCGAAUCUGUGGUUUUGUGAAACCGGAGCUCUCUCGAGAAGACAGGUUGAGGCGUUAGCCAGCCAAGCCUCGGGGAAGAAAUAGCUCAGGAAAAAGCGAGCAACGCCGACUCGAUCGUCCCGAGCUUGACGCACCGGCGUCGGAGAAGGCAGCAACAACAGCAUCACCAAAGCGAGAGGGCGUCGAAGGAGUUGACCAUCUAUUUGCGUCAUUGAGCAAUUUCACAACUUGUAUCGACUAUUUGGGAAAGCGAUUCAUGUCAGGGGCGCUCUUAACCUGGAUCGUAGGAGGCACUGAUCCCUACCCCGUUGCCGACGGUGCGUAGGGGAAGUACACUGUAUCUGGAAGGCGGGAAGAGAGAAUAUAUGAGAAGGGCUUGCGUAGUAGAUUGGUGCCGUAGAACAGCAGGGGCAAGGAAGGUACGGUACGGUGUGGUCGUCUUUCUAGAGAAGCUCUCAUUUCACUCGCGUUCAUUCCUGCGGUCGUCCUGCUUGCCGUGUCGUAUUUUUUGCUUCAAAAAAGCUACAUUCGUAGGAAUCGCUGCGACUGACUGGGCGAGGCCUUGCCUCGACCACUUCAUGCCACCCGUGCGUGGUGC